ACAAAAAAUUUCCUAUAAAAAAUAAGAUUAUAAAUGUGCAGUAUUAAAAAUUUCUUAAAAUAGGCCCUGUUAAAAACCCCAAAAAAUUGUUAUGUGUUGUUGAUUUAUAUCUCCUCUAACUACCUGCAUCAGAAAAGGCACUGAAAUAGUUGUGAGCCACGAGAAAAUCAUUCAUUAAAACAAGCAAUUGUCCAUACUGAACACUUUUGCAGCUCGCUUUUUGCCACUAUUUAAAAUGGCGGAAGUUAACAAAUUUGCCUCACUCGGCAGUACGCAUGACCCGAGUUAGACAUCUAGCGCCUUCGGCGCUUCCAUAUCAUUGCAACAAGAACAGCUGAGGGAGUAAAAAUGGACGGCGAAUUGUUGGGAAGGCAAAGGGCGCGCGAGUUGAGUUCUGACGAGGAAAACUCAGAUGACGAAGGCUGUUAUGGCUCUGACGAUCGAUCUCACACUGGUGUGGAUGAUAUCCAAAGGGCUGCCUCAUCAGGUGUGACCAUGGGUGGUGCAAAGACUGGUCCAAAAGGUGUGAUACAAGAUUACAAACGCUACAAGCAAUUACAACAAGAGCAAAAACAAGCAGAAGAGCAACGGAAAUUGAAGUAUAUUAAAGAUACUGCAAUCACCUGCAGAAGUGAGAAAGAAGAUCAGGAAGAUGAAGAUUUAGAAGAAGAUGAUGAUUUCUUACGAGAAUAUCACCAAAAACGUCUACAGCAACUGAAAGUAGAAUCAGAACAAUAUGUGCUUGGAACAAGAUCAAAGUUCUCUGUUGUUCACGAGCUGACCUGCCAGGAUUUCAUAGAGGCAGUGGAUAAUGUUGAUGUCCAUGUCACUGUAAUUAUUUUAAUUUACGAGAAUUCACCUCUCUGUUCAAGAAUGAAUACCUGCUUUGAUUGUUUAGCCCAGCAAUAUCCAUACGUUAAAUUCUGUCGCAUCGGCGCCUCGGAAGCAGGCCUCAGCACGAAGUUCAAACUCAACGCCCUUCCUACACUUCAAGUUUACAAAAACGGAAUUUUAAUAGGAAACCAUAUUCGACUCGGUGACCAUUUUGAAUCAGAGUUUUAUGCAGCUGAUGUUGAAAAUUUUCUCAUAGAACAUGAUGCACUACCUAGUCAGGAAUUCAACGCUGCAAAUCCAGUCGUGAUGCCAUCAAGUAUCGAUGAUCUGUCAGACAGUGAUUUUGAAUUAGACUGAUGUAUGUAUAUUUAUCAUCUAAAAAAACUUGUACUAUUUAACACUCGUGUCUUUCAAAUUAGCUAUUGUCUAGGUAAACACUUUAAACUUGAAUAUUUUGUUUUAUUUUGAUCUAAACUUAAUACGACGAUAGUUUAUGUUAAUUUAAGCAGCAAGAGAAAAGGAAGGUGUAAAUUUAAUAGCGUUAAGAAAACUUCAGCUAGAAUGUUGGUAUUGAAAUUUCAGUCAGUUUUUGAAGGAGUUGCAGCAAAAUAAGGUUUUUUGUUUCAUUUCUCAUGUCACAUGUUCGAUUCAGCGUCCUAUAUUAUGUAUUUAGCUAUUUAUCACAAUUAAAGGUAAAGUGGUACUGUGUCCUCUCUUUAGGGGGUCAAUGUCAACUCCAGAGGUCUGAAUUUCAUAGCCAGCGUUUAGAUUCCAAAAUUAUGAAGAGCGUCUUAAGCGUUGUAUAUUGGUUUAAAGAAUAUGAAUAGUUUAUUGGUUUUAUAAAAUAGUUAUUAUUUCAUAAUAAGCAGAUAAAUGAUUAACAUAUAACUCACUUCAAAAGAAUUGCAAAGUAAUUAUUUAAUGAAUCUUAAAAUUCGAGCAAAAGAAAUAGCUGUCAGAUUUAUGUUCCUGAACGAAAAAACCUGAUGUGGGGUAAACAAUAUUUUGUACCCCUUGGGUUGCAAAGAUGCCCUCUUUUAGAUAUAAUAUAAUUGUUAAAUAAAUGAAAAUAGUUAAAACUGCGAACUUUUGUGUUUAUGAAUACAACCUUUGUCAUUGGUGGUAGCUGCGUAUACCUGAAUCUAAUAUAUAUUUAUUGUGUUUUGUAAAAAUUUUCAAACCAUAGCUCAAACUGUUUUGGAAAUCUAGAAUAUCAAAUAGAUGUGCUUCUUUGAUGAUCAGAUUCAUAUCAAAGAGA